UGCUUGAUCAAAUGCAAAAGGGUCAAUGGCUUGGAAAAUUAAAAUGAAAAAAGAAAUUUUAUAUGGAAAAGACACCUAAUGAGAAAGAUUUUUAUUGCGGUUAGAUGGUCAACAGAAAAUUGUACUUUUUGUACCCCUUUUAGUAAUCAAGAAGAAGUCAUUAUGUUUCGAAAGGAUGAAGGAUAAUUACUAACGUGUGCAAAGAACUCACAAAUAUCCCAAUCUCUGACAAUCAAUGUUUAUACAUCAUCAUGGCAACAAAUACACCUUUGAUGUCCGGUACAGAACCAGUCAACAUAAACAAGGAUGCAGAAGAAACAAAUCCUUUACUGUAUGCAAUUGAUGAGAACCCACCACUGUACUUGUCCAUGUUGCUUGGCUUUCAACAUUAUCUAACCAUGUUUGGAGCUACUGUUGGUUUGCCGUUUGUGUUAUCUCAACUCCUUUGUUUUGCCAAUGAUGCAAAUGUAAUUAGUGAGGUUUUAAGCACAAUCUUCUUCUGUUCUGGUUUGGUGACUUUGCUGCAAUCCACAUUUGGUGUGAGAUUACCUAUUGUACAGGGUGGAACUUAUACAUUUAUUGCUCCAACUAUGGCUAUUAUGAACAUCAGAAAAAAGUGCAGUGAAGUGAAUAGUAUACAGGCGACUUCAGGUCCAGUGUUAAAUUUGACAUCAACUAUGAGUGUGCUUGCCCUUAACAUGACUUCUACUACUCCGUUCAACAUGAGCUCUACUACUCCUGUGACAGUGACAUCAGAUGGUGACGAGGAGUGGAAAAUAAGAAUGAGAGAAAUCCAAGGUGCUAUCAUUUUGUCGUCACUGUUUCAAGUAGUAAUUGGAUUCAGUGGUGUGAUGGGUUUUGUAUUAAAGUAUAUUGGACCAUUAACAAUUGCCCCCACAAUAGCUUUGGUAGGCUUGCCACUCUUUAAGACAGCAGGUUAUUUUGCAGGAGCACAGUGGGGAAUUGCUCUUUUAACGAUAUUUUUUAUCACAUUAUUCUCUCAAGUGCUUCGAAAUGUUAACUUACCACUUGGCAGAGUUAAGAUUCCUGUCUUUAAAUUGUUCCCUGUUUUGCUUUCAAUUUUCAUCUGUUGGAUUUUAUCAGCAAUAUUAACAGCUACCUCUGUUUUCGAAGAUGGAUCACGAGCCCGUACAGACUUUCGAACCAACGUAAUUAAAGAAUCCUCCUGGUUCCGAGUUCCUUAUCCUGGUCAAUGGGGACGACCAACCGUCUCAGCCCCUGCUGUUAUUGGUAUGCUUGCAGGAGUGAUAGCUUCCAUGGUGGAGUCGAUUGGUGAUUAUUAUGCUUGUGCCCGCUUGGCUGGUGCCCCUCCACCACCACAACAUGCAUUAAAUCGAGGUUUAGGCUGUGAAGGUCUUGGUUGUUUAAUCACUGGCUUAUGGGGGACUGGAAAUGGAACUACUUCAUAUAGUGAAAAUAUUGGUGCUAUUGGGAUAACCAGGGUUGGAAGUGUUCGUGUUAUACAAUGUGGAGCUGUUCUUAUGAUCCUACUGUCCAUCAUUGGUAAAUUUGGAGCAUUGUUUGUGACAGUACCUGAUCCAGUGGUUGGUGGAAUAUUCGUCGUCAUGUUUGGAAUGAUUACUGCUGUUGGCUUGUCUUCUCUGCAAUUCAUUGAUAUGUCGUCCAUGCGAAAUUUAUUUGUUCUUGGCGUGUCUUUGUUUAUGGGAAUGGUUAUACCAAGUUGGAUUGAAUCUAAUCCUCUUCAGCCAGAAGAAGAAUCAUAUAUUCAAAUCUUCCAAGUGCUUCUGUCAACCAAUAUGGCUGUGGGUGGAUUGACUGGUUUCUUACUUGACAAUGUCAUCCCAGGUACACAACAAGAGAGAGGUUUGAUCAAGUGGAGGAACAGCUUUGGUGCAAAUAAUCAAGUCAACAAGGUUGCAUCUGUUCAUGUUUAUGACCCACCUUUUUUAACAGAAAAUUUCAAAAAAUCUCUGUUUUGUAAGAUUGUUCCAUUUUUGCCUUAUUAUGGUGACAAUAGAGCAGAGGAUCUGGAGGACAACAGUGUUCUGUAAAUGCAUUAAAAUACUAUUAGCAUAUCCUCCUGCCAGUAGGUUUUAUUGUUAAUGUGUGAACCUGAAAAUUUCGGUCUUACCAAACUCUGAAACUUAACUCUUUGCACAAUGUGAAGUUUGGUAAAUGACUUGUUUCAUAGUAGUUUUCCUUUUUUUUAAAGUUAGUGCACUGCAUAUUUUAGUCAUGUUUUUUAGUAGUAAUUCUCUUUUAACAUAUUCACAUAGAGAUAGACAUUUAUUAGAUUUUUCAAAGUCUUCCAUUCACCUCACCUCAAUUAACUCUAAAAAAGAAUUCCAACCCAGGAAUUACUUGACCAAUGCAGUUAGGCUGUUCUAUUUUAAGAAACUCAAAAUGUGUUAGUUGCUGCUUCCGCAAUGUCUGAAAUAGGAUUGCCUGCAAAGGUCUGGAAAACGGCCUAUGUUAACAUCAACAUAAUUUUUGAUCUGAAAAGAUUUUUUUCAUAUAUCUAUGUUAAUUUAAUUUUAUGCACUUUUUAUUAAUACAUCGUUUAAUCAAACGAAUGAAUGCUAAUAAGGUAAAACCUUUCUCCAAUGCCCCCCCCCCCCUUUCGCGUACAGUCGGCUUUUUUUUUGUUUUCUCUAAAGCAUAGAUAUUUCAGAAGUGGUUAGGUUGGGUUGCAAUAUCCAAUAGCUAAACUUUUGCAUGCAUCACUUUUCUAAUUUUACUUUUAGAAGAUGCUAUUUUUAAGAAGAUUUUAUUUUUAAUAAUAAUUUGUACUGUAUAGACUUUAGGAGUGUAACUUUUGUUCAUAUACUUGUGUGAAACCGUAGUACUGUAUACCAUAAAUUUGUUUUUGUAACAGGCUUAUACUAUUUUUAAUAUUACUGGAUUUUUUAAAUAUAUUGUUAUCUCUGCUUCAUUUAAGUAGUGCUGUUGAU